GCAGCAUGUUGCAAAAUGUAAACACAUUUUCUUAAAAUAACAGUAAUGUCAACGCUUUAUUUAGAACUGUUUUUUAAAAAUGUACACCGUUGUGCACUGAGAAAUAGUUUUUUAUGUUCAAGAGGCUUGACGGAGAUAACAAGAAGAGCUGCCAGAUUACAGUUUUCACGGUUUAGUACAAGUUCCUGUUUGACAUCUAAGAAAAGAAAGAUGGCAAAAGUUGUACAGACUCCAUCAAAACUAAAGGAGCAGAUUUAUGACUAUUUCCUUGUUCUAGACUUUGAAGCCACAUGUGAGGAAAAUAUAAAGAUACAUCCACAGGAGAUCAUCGAGUUCCCAGUGGUGAAGAUUAAUGCUAGAACACUGCAAGUUGAUUCAACAUUUCACCAGUACGUCCAGCCACGAGUGCACAAACAGCUGACCCCAUUCUGCACACAACUUACUGGAAUUAUACAAGAUAUGGUGGAUGGCCAACCACACUUAGAAGAUGUCCUUCUGAGUUUGGACCAGUGGAUGUUAGAUAAUAAGUUGUUGGACCCUGAAGUGAAGUCCCUGUUUGUUACUUGUGGAGACUGGGACCUUAAAACCAUGUUGCCUAGCCAGUCUGAAUAUUUCAACUUACCUGUACCAAAAUACUUCAGCGAAUGGUUGAAUAUAAAGAAGGCGUUCGCCGAGGUGACCUCUACCUACCCUCAUGGCAUGAUGCAGAUGCUCCAACUGUUGAAUAUUCAACAUCAGGGCAGACAUCACAGCGGCAUAGACGAUUGUAAGAACAUAGGAAAUAUAUUGAUAGAGCUGCUACAUCGGGGAUACGUUGGAAAACCUUCGUGGAAGAAAAGAUGAACUCCUUGUUCAUGAUAUUUUUUCUGCUCUGAUAUAAUCAGUUAAUAUGCAUUUGAAUUUCAUUUUGUUUUAUAGUGGAGAAGGAAUGAUACAUGAAAUACUGUUUCAUGUUUCACAUAACUAUUGAACUGAAUAUCUGAACGUUUAAGCCAUCAAAUGGUUCAUACGUGAGAUAAUUAUUACAGGGGAAUUUAAGUUGUUGUAUUUUACCUGCUAAUGCAUAAUUAUGAUGUACAAUAAUAAUAAAGUGUGUGACCUGG